CAUAUAUUUGACUUUUAAUUUUUAACAAAAGCGUAUAAUUUACAAAAUUGAUAUAUUUUUUGCUUAUACAUUCAAAUAAAUAAUUUUGCAGAUAAGAUAACGAAAAUUAGAAAUGAAAAUAACUCAACGACAUAUAUUUUACAUAUUUGUUUCAAAUUAUAUUUAUUUUAAACAUAAAAAUAUUAUUUUAUAUUAUAUAUAUAUUGCUUUUUUAUUUUAUUAAAACAUUAUUUAUUUUAUUAAACAUCAAAUGAUAAUGUUUUUACAAUAAUAUUUGUAAUUUUUUUAACAUUAUAUUAUAAAAUUCAAAAAAUUGGAGAAUUUUGAAUUGAUUGCAACAUUUUUACUCUUUUAAUUGCAUAACAUCUUUAUUUAUUAAAUGUAUAAAAACAUAAAAUAGAGAUAAUUUUUUAGAAUGAAUUAAAGUAUUCAAUAAAAAAUAAAAAUAUGUUUAAUGUAUUUAAAAAUAAAAGAAAUUUAUAUAUUAAAUUAAAUAAUUGCAUAAUAUGAUAGAUAAUGAAAGAAAGAUUCUUCAUAUGACGAGGUGGCCGAGUGGUUAAGGCGUUGGACUGCUAAUCCAAUGUGCUCUGCACGCGUGGGUUCGAAUCCCAUCCUCGUCGAUUUUAUUUUUGUUUUCUUUUUUUAUUAUUAUUUUAAUACAAUUUCAUUUUACGAUAUAUUGUAAAAAAAUAAGUUUUGAACAAUUUAUAUAUAACUGCUAUUCAACUAUUUUUAAAAUAUUUGUAAAAUAAUGAUUAUUAUUAAUAUAAUGCGUGUGCAUUAUCUUAUCUUUUGUUUGUAUAUAUGCGUAAAUAUAUCACAGCAGGAGGGAAUUAAAAUACGUAUAACGGGUGAAGCAGGUCAAAAAACUAUUUCUUUAUAUUGAUAACUUGAAAUAUAAAUAACAGCAUAUUAUUGAUUACCAAAAUUUUAAUAAGAAAUAUAAAUUUUUUUAAAAUCAUAAAUGAAAAUGAAUUGCUUAAAUUGAAAUUUAAAAUUUCUUACGUGAAGUAAGAAAAUUGAAAUGACAAACGCUAUAAAUAAACAUUACGUAACCUAAUAUUUGAUUAAUUGUUUUAUAAUUAUUUUUUAAGUUAUUUAUUAAAAAUCAAUAAGAAAUUUGAUAAAACGAUGCAAAAUAAUUCUAAAAUAAAGAGACCACCUAAACCAACUUGGGGAACUGAAAUUACAAUGCCUUCAGAAUUAAAUGAAUUAAAUGAAAAUGAUUUUUCUAUUGUAGAAAGUCAAGACGUGUCUGAUCCCACAACAAGUCUUUUGUCUCCAACAGAAGAAUAUCUUCAUAUGACCAAACGUCUCAUUGAAAAAGGUUCAUUAUCACCUCGUACUUCUAUGAUACUUAAAGAACUUUACACAAUAUAUGAAUUGAAUGAUGGAUAUGGUUUAGCAACUUUUGAUUCGGAACACGUAUACGUUAAAUCAGCUAAACCAGAUAUUAAAAAAGAUUCUAUAGAAAUUAUUAAACCUCCAAUAAAAAGAGAAAAACGAAAAGAAAGAAUUAAAGAAGAAGAAUAUGUAUCAAGAGAGUCAUCAAUAUCUCGAAGAAACACAGUAAUAACUAUGGAAGAAGAAGAACCUUUGUUCGGUUUACAUAUUGUCAAAGACACCACAUUUGAACGACCUUGUGAUCCAGAAGCAAUUAAAAUCAACAAUAUUUUUUCUGAUUUUUCUUUGAUCGAUACAGGUCACGAUAAAUGUAUAAAAAGGCGCAUCACUCAGUGGAUAAAAGAUAAUCGCAAAGAAGAACAAAGCACUAGUGAUCAAACAAAGAAAAGUUUAUGGAAAAAAAUAUUAAGAAGAAAAUGAUAAAAUAACUUGAAAUAACAAACUAUGUAGAAAAUCACUUUUUUUGCGAUUUUUAUUAAAUAAAUUUAACAUCGAUCAUGCGCGCGAUCUGGAUUAAAACUUGAAAUUGCGUCAUGACGGUUUAUAAUAUAAGAUUAAUUAGUAUUAGUAUUACACUUAUUUCUCUAUGCAGAUUUUAUUCGUCUUCAGAAUCAUGUUGGAACAAUCAAUUUUCUCUAACAUUAAAUAUAAUAAAAUCACUGACACAUGAGCAAAAAUUAUCAGUAGAAACAUGUAUUACUUUAUAUGUCAGUGCCACAAUUUGGAGAAAGUGCGUCCUUGACAGGUUCCACAAUAUCAUGACCCGGCAUUGGUAUAUGUAUCACAUUACAUAAACGAAAGGAAGGCCAGGAUACAAGGGGAAAAAAAAUUUAAUCGCCUUAUGUGACGUUGCAGCAUUAUUUUAUGCAAUACAAAUUAAAGUGAGUAACCUGAAAAAAGAUCAUUCACAUAUAAUGGAACAGCUUUUUUAUUUAGUUCAUCGAAUUUUAUUAUGUGAACAUAUAGUUACCUAAAUUUUUUUAGAUUUUUAAUGAAGUUUAAAUGAUGUAACACAUAAGAUAUUAAAUAUGAUCUUCGUAAAUCCUUUAUUUAUAAGAAUAAUGUAUGUUAAUUGCACUUUUGUAAAAUUAUAAAAUAUUAUUAAAUUUAAUAUAUUUAAUAUAUUAAUAUAUAUUUGCAUAGUUAUAAAAACUUUAUCAAAUAAAUAUAUGUUAUAAUAAA